CUACUCUCUCAAAAACAAACAAACACCAGAGAGAGUGAGAGAGAAUAUGGCAGCCACACUCGCUUUUCUUCAAAUCCCUACUACAAUAGUAAUUCCCAGCUCUAAAUCAUCAUCAUCAUCAUCACAGCCUCAGCUAUUCAUUCCCAGCUCUAAAUCAUCAUCAUCACAUUCACAGCUAUUCAUUUCCACCACCAAAAGCCUUUCUCUCCCUCUGGCAGCAGCAGUGACGUUGUUAAACCCACAAGAUGCCCUUGCUGCCGGUGGUGAAUUCGGGAUUUUGGAGGGGAGAUCACUCGCCUUGAUCCAUCCCAUUGUCAUGGGCGGUCUCUUCCUUUACACACUCUAUGCUGGCUAUUUGGGAUGGCAAUGGAGGCGGGUCAGAACCCUACAGGAUGAGAUUAAUGACUUGAAGAAGCAAGAAAAACCUGUUGCUGUUGCUACUGCCGUUCCUGCUCCUGAAGGAACUCCACAAGUUGCCCCCUCCCCAAUUCAACUCAAGAUUCAGCAACUGUCUGAGGAGAGGAAAGAGUUGAUCAAGGGGCAAUACAAGGACAAACACUUCAAUGCAGGUUCAAUUUUGCUGGCCUUUGGUGUCUUCGAGUCCAUUGGUGGGGGAGUCAACACUUAUCUCAGGACAGGAAAACUAUUUCCGGGGCCCCAUCUAUUUGCUGGCGCAGCAAUAACGGUGCUCUGGGCCACAGCUGCUGCACUAGUACCCCCUAUGCAGAAAGGAAAUGAAACUGCUAGAAGCCUUCAUAUUGCGUUGAACGCCAUAAAUGUUCUCCUUUUUAUAUGGCAGAUCCCAACCGGUUGGGAUAUCGUUCUUAAGGUCUUUGAGUUCACAAAAUGGCCCUGAACAACUAGUUAUUAUCUUGAUCAUCCAUUCUUUUGUAUUCUAGGGACUGGACUGGACUGGACUGGACCUAAAAAGAAUCAGAAUCCAUGCCUUUUAAGUAGACCGUUGACUGACUGGUCAUAUUAUUCACUCUCUCACAAUAAUACUAAUACCAUUACCUAAAUGAUGACAUGAUAAAGGAACACAACAAGCAGUUGAUGGUUUAUUUGCUCACUGAGUUGGGCUGGGCUUUCUCGAGAAAGAAAGAUGAACGCCAGGGUCAUGAUGAUUGGUGGAGCUAUUCAAGAGAAUCGAAUUGUUUACACCCUGGACAUUGCUAUUCAUGAUUGCCCUCAUCAGUGGCGACUUCAAUUUCUGAUCCUUCUUCCUUGCGUUUGAUUUUCCUUCCGAAUUGCUUCCUGACUUGUUUUCAUCGCCGCUUGAAGGUGUAGGGUUGUCUUUCUUUUUGCCCAAGUCCAUGAUGGCUCCUUUGUUUUCACCUGCAAUUGUUAUAAUCUUCAUUCCCACAUCAUCAGAAUCCGAGGCAUUGGUGGUAUCUUUUGGGUUACGGGAACCCCAGCCCACAUGCCUACCACUGCCCAAACCUUUUGUUUCUUGCGUGAUCACGGCCUUCUCCUCAUAUUUAGGCUGUGGUGGAGGGAGAACCAAUGGAGAUUGAGGCUUAGAGAUGGUAGGCGGAGUGGAAACACGUGCGGCUUUUGGUGUGGCUUUAGCCACGGGCGGUGAUGUUGGGGUGGAAACACGAGUCGUGGGUGAUGUCGGCGCUGCAGCAUUGGGAGGACGUGGCACAGGUGGUGGGGCUUGACUAAAUGCUGGGAGGAUAAAUGCUGGCCUUGGUGGAGGCGGGGCCUGAUCAGGCUGUUGAGUUGGGGGUGGGGGUGGGGGUGGGCGAACCAUAGUGGCUAAGCGGAACCAUGGACGAGACGGGGCUCCUUGCUGGGUUGCCAUUGUACUGGUAAAGGCCAAUGCUUGCAAUCAAAGUAGUAGAGAGAGACAUUGUUUAUAUAGAGUAGAAUAAAAAAAAAAAAAAACUCACUCAGGGACAGGGAAAGAAUCAGAUUCUGAAAGUUGGCAUUUUUUUACUA